AUGAAUGAUGACAAAGAAUCAUUUAUAUUAUUCACAGAAAGGGAAGGAUUUGAUGAAAAUCAAAAAAUAAUGAGCGAAUUAUAUCCAUUUUCUAAAGCCGCUCAUUCAUUACUUGAAUUAUGUUGUUAUCAUGGUGCUGUAGAUUGUUUUAAGAUAUUAAGAUCGAAAUACAACUCUGAAAUUACUAUUAUUUGUCUAAGAUUUUCAUUUUUGAGUGGAAAUCCAGAGAUAAUGAGUGAAUGCUUGAAAAAGCAUAAACCAGAUCAAGAUUGCAUGUUCUUUGCAAUUUGUUCGCAUAAUAUUGACUUUGUUACUUUCUUGGUUAAUGAAUACAAGUUAGAAAUUGAUUUAGAACAGUGUGUAAAACUCCACAAUCUUCAAGCAUUUUUAGUUUAUUUAGAUUUAACGAAUCAAAUUAACACUUGUUUUGUUUAUUCGCCAAGCUUCCAUAUUCCAUCUCUUUGUGAAUGUUUUCUUAAUAAUGGUGCUGAUAUUAAUUCAAAAGAAUACUAUGGAAAAACUGCUCUUCAUUAUGCAGCAGAAAGUAAAGAAAUUGUUGAACUUCUUCUUUUGCAUAAAAUUGAUAUCAAUACAAAAGAUAUGUUUGGAAGAAGUGCUUUUAAUUAUGCAGCAGCAAAAGAUUGUAAAGAAGUAAUUCAAAUACUAAUUUCCAAUGGUGCAGAUGAGAAAAUAAAUGGAUAUAUACGUCCAAUUGCAAGAGAUUUCGCACAUCAUGGAAUGAAUUUAUGA